GAAUGUACUUUCGAGAAAACGUCAGACAACUCAAGUCUGCGAGUCUACUUCAGUGGCCAGCUCCGGAUCUAUAACUGCGACAGCUGUUGCAAGCGAUGGUAUUUCACCUUUAAUGAAGCAGAAUGCUCAGGCCCAGCAGCUAUUGAUGCUGUGGUCUACAUGUGGAAGGGACAAGGGACACAGAAUUUGCUUCGCCCGCGUCACGUCGAAGGAGUCUGUGAGAACAUCGCCAAAGGUACUGUGCGAGUUGGAUUCUGGAUUGGCAACUGCGCAGGCUAUGGAAGUGCUGAUGGUUAUACGGGCUGGAACUCAGUGUCACGAAUUUACGUGGAAGAAAUGCCUCCCCCGCAAGCUUGA